UUUCACUUCCUUUUUCUCAUUCAAUAUUCAAAGGCGCUGACAGGACGGACGAUGAUGACGACAAAAUCGUUCCCCCUGCUCCUCCUGCUUCUGAUUCGUCUGUUAUUGCGAAUUUCUAGCGAUGAAGCCCCGCACAUGGCGACCGUCACACUCGCCCUGCACUGUCUGGAGUACAUCUACGAGCGGAACAUUCAACCGGGUGAGGUGACGUACAUUCUAAGGAACGACACCCUCCUCGAUGACGGAUUCUACCGGCUGGCCAAUGCCCGGGGCAGUUUGCUGAUUGGCAAUGUGAAAAGUUCAGAACCGGGAAAGCCGUCAACGGAAAAGUUUCUGCACAGAUUCGACCAAAUCUCGAACUACGUGCUGGUGUUCCGAACCACGGUCCGGCUCCAGCAGCAGCUGGCCUUUGUGGCCGAAUCGCCGGCCUACAACUCCCGGGUCUUCUUCAUUCUAGUCAUGCUGGACGAUGACGAAAACUUUGAUCCGGAUCCGCCGAGGGAUUGUUUUUGUGCCGAUUGUUGUGCCCGAGAAAGUUCCAAAUUGGCCGCCGUCUUCCGGCUUCUCUGGCAGUUCUAUAUUCAUAACUUUCUUCUGAUUCACUGCCCCGAAUCGGAACCGCACCAUUGUCCCAUCUACACCUGGUUCCCCUACGGGCGCUACUCGUCCUGUACCGAAAAUUUCUUCAACUACGAACGAAUUGAUAGGUGCUCCCGGGGGAGAAAUUUUCCCCCUCUCCUCGUGGAAUAUCUCAAUGGACCCCUCGAAGAGUACGAAACCCACCUGGUACCGGAUGAUGACCCUCCAAUGGGAACCGAAAUUUUUCACACCUCGCCACCAUCUGACCCAGUCGAAAUCGACGAGCAAAACUGCCCCUAUCAACAGCAACAACCAAAUCAAUCCAUCUGCAUUCCGAAUCAGUUCUUCUUCACCGCGGAACGUCUCCGGGCAAAAGAUUUCCAGCGGCCUCAAACGAAAAAUUCCGCCCCUACCGGUACCAUCGAGAUGCGGUCAUCAGCAGGCCCUCUCCAGGAACCUCCGACCUCGGAUCCGCACUUUGUGCGCCAGGCCCUAGGCACCUAUCCGAGCGAUUUCCCCGCUUCGGACCACCCGGAACGGGUCAUUUCCCCGCGGAAACCGCACUUUUUCCACAAGGUUCCGGAUGAUUUGGGCGGGUGCCGGGUCCGGGCCCUGCUCGCCAUCUGGCCUCCCUUUGUGACCGAUCCGGCCCGGACCGACUGGAUCGGAAUGGAGCACAAGCUGGCGCUGGAUGUGGGCCGAUUCAUGAACUUUCGGCUGCAGGAACAGUACUCCUCGGAUGGUAUUCAGGGGCUGAUGGAAGCCUUCAAGUCCCAAUCGGUGGAGCUGUGCUUUGGCAAUCUGUAUCCGCGGUUCGACCGGCACGAGGAAACGGACCACAGCGUCGGCUAUUUGCAUGACGAAAUUGACUGGGUGGUGCCGCUGGCAGGAAGUCAACCGCUCUGGAUGAAUCUGGGGGCCGCCUUCAGCAUCCCAAUUUGGAUCACCAUUUUUGCAACCAUGACAAUGUUCUCAAUUUUGUACGUGACAAGUUCAUCAUUGGCGGAAAUGUUUCCGCACACCUUUCUCGAUUCCUUUGGAGCCAUGCUUGGCGUUUCGCUACGCAUCAUUCCGGAAAAGUUCCUCGGUCGCAUUUUGUUCAUCCUGUGGAGUGUCUACUGUAUGCACCUCUGCAUUUUUUACCAGUCCAAAAUGAUCGAUAUCCUGACGAGACCCCCGGGACAGCGCCAGAUUUCGACCCUCGGGGAGCUGAUCCAGUCCGAGAUGGCCGUUGGAUUUCCGGAAAACUUUGUGAUUCACCUGGAGCGCCUCAACAGUAGCGAAAUUGACGAAAUUUUAAAACGAAGAAUUGAGUGCACUGCUGAGUCCUGCUUGAGCCGUCUGGAGCAUGGAUCGUUCGCUACCAUGGGCAAUAGAAUGUACCUCCAAUAUUCGGCCGCCCAUCAGAUUCGAGCCACCCGGUUCUACCAGCUGCAUGAGCUGGUGGCCCGCAGCUUUGUGCAGAUGAUCAUGAAGAAGGGUCUGCCGCUGCGGGAUCACAUCAAUAAGAAAAUUCGGUCCAUGGUGGAGGCUGGCUAUUUCGUUGCAGUGGAACGGGUUUUCUACGCCAUGACUCAGAGCGCAUCGAUGGCUUCGAACCAGGAAAGAUCUGUCGAAGUUCGUUCUCUGACUUUGGAACACUUUCAGGGCGCCUUUCUGAUCCUGGCUAUCGGAAGUGGGCUAGCAUUUUUCGCUGUGAUAGCAGAACUCAUAGUUGGAAAGUUUACGGGAGCCAAGCUUCAAGAAGCGAUGUUGAAACCGAAGGCUCCGUUCAAACCUUUUGUUCAUUAAA